CGAGCCCAAUUCUGGGCUGGACAGGAAACAGGAGACGCAUAGCGUGCCUCGCGCAACAAUCCUGGGAAUAUGUAUGUGUUUGCAGGCGAAAUGGUUAGUUUAAAAAAGAUGAGGACAGCGGGCACUACAAUUCUUUAAACUUAUUCACAGAAACGUGUUAUUUGGACCAUUAAAUCACGGUAUUUGGAACAAAUACCGUGAUUACUGCGUUUGGUUUUCAUCAUCCAUUGGGGGGAACACAGAAGAGGAGCCGCUGUUAAAUCCCAAUUAGACUGACAUAAAAGCUUGGUCCUGACUGUUGCGUUGGCUUCAUUUGACCUUUUGACCUGAGCGGGACAAAGGGGAGAGACACCAGAGAUGGCAGAUAUGUCGGACGAUGAGCUGGACCAUGGGGCAGAGGAGGAGGACAGUGAUAAGGAAGACCAGGACCUGGACAAAAUGUUUGGAGCCUGGUUGGGAGAGCUGGACAAACUCACACAGAGUCUGGAUGACGGGAAGCCACAGAAGCCGGUCCAGAAGGCCCCUCUCAGACAGGAAACCAACAUGGCUAAUUUUUCCUACCGCUUCUCCAUGUACAACAUCAACGAGGCUCUGAACCAGACAACAGAGACCGUAGACCUGGAUGCCCUGAUGGCUGACCUGUGUUCCAUAGAACAGGAGCUCAGCACCAUCGGCAAGCCCAACACCGGCACCGCCCGCCAGGUUAAAUGUCAACAGCGAGGCCCGGGGGGUCGCAACGCCAGUGCCAAGCAGACUGGCAGCGGUGGAGGGGGUAGCAGCGGGGGCAGCACCAGCAGUAGUACCCGGGCGUCACCAGCCUCCACCGUCCGAGGGGGCAGCUCCAACUCCCACGGGCGCCCGUCGGCGUCCAACUUCUCGCUGGACGACAUCACGGCCCAGUUGGAGCAGGCGUCGCUCAGCAUGGACGAGGCGGCGCACCAGACCUCUUCUUCCUCGUCCUCUUCCUCCUACUCCUCGGCCACCCUCCGGCGCCCUUCGGCGGGUUCCUCGUCCUCGCAGCACCGGAGAACAGGCUCGGUGGGCGCGGUUAGUGAACACGAGGCGGGGGGCCACUCCUCGAGGUCCAGCGUUAAUUCUGCUUCCGCAUCCAGCAUGGACUCUCUGGAUAUCGACAAGGUGCUGUCUAGGGCAGCAGGAGGGGCUGAGCAGGAAGGGGGGUCCCAAGGCCCCCCCGCCACCAAGCACUCCUAUCUGGACAGAGAAACGUCCCUCAUUCUGAAAAGCAUUGCAGGAAAGCCUUCUCACCUGCUUACCAAGGAGGAGCAGGCAGCCAAAGUGAAGGCCGAGAAGAUCCGAGUGGCCCUGGAGAAAAUCAAGGAGGCGCAAGUCAAAAAGCUGGUGAUCCGGGUGCACAUGUCGGACGAGAGCUCCAAGACCAUGAUGGUGGACGAGAGACAGACUGUCAGACAGGUGCUGGACAGCCUGCUGGACAAGUCCCACUGUGGCUACAGCCCCGACUGGUCACUGGUGGAGACCAUCAACGAGCUGCAAAUGGAGCGGAUCUUUGAGGACCAUGAGAACUUGGUGGAGAACCUACUGAAUUGGACCAGAGACAGCCAUAACAAACUGAUGUUCAUCGAGCGCAUCGAGAAAUACGCCCUCUUCAAGAACCCCCAGAACUACUUGUUGGGGAGGAAGGAGACCUCUGAAAUGGCCGAUAGGAAUAAAGAGGCCCUGCUAGAGGAGUGUUUCUGUGGCAGCUCGGUGUCAGUACCAGAAAUAGAGGGACUCCUCUGGCUGAAGGAGGAUGGGAAGAAGUCGUGGAAGAAACGAUACUUUCUACUGCGCGCAUCAGGAAUCUACUACGUGCCCAAAGGCAAAGCCAAGGCCUCCAGGGACCUGGUAUGCUUUCUCCAGCUGGACCACGUUAAUGUGUAUUACGGCCAGGACUACCGCAGCAAGUACAAGGCCCCCACAGACUACUGCCUGGCCCUCAAGCACCCCCAGAUCCAGAAGAAGUCCCAGUACAUCAAGUAUCUGUGCUGUGACGAUGUCAGGACCCUCCACCAAUGGGUCAACGGCAUUCGCAUCGCCAAGUACGGGAAACAGCUGUAUGUGAACUACCAGGAGGCCAUGAAGCGCACGGAGGCGGCCUACGACUGGUUCCUCUCCACCUCCAGUAUCCGCUCGGGCUCCAGCUCCGGCUCAGCCAGUCUGCCCGAGUCCCAGUCGAACCACUCGGGCCAGUCAGACAGUGGAGUGGACACGGCCUCCAGCCACGGGCGCUCCCAGAGCGUGGUUAGCUCUAUCUUCUCUGAGGCCUGGAAGAGAGGAACUCAGAUGGAGGAGAACACCAGGGUGAGUCCUUCUAUGAGGGAGUCCACCGAGUGCCACCCUCCCCCCACCCUGCCCACGCUGUGCACCGAGACCCCACAACUGGAGCCCCCUGCCUCGCCAGCGCCCAACAGCAGCCACCUCCCCAGACUCGCAGCAGCUCACCCCACACUCUACAGGGGCCCUCCCCUCCACCACCCCCAACAUCCCUCCCCUCCACCACCCCAACAGCUGCCCUUCCAGAUCCGCAGUAGUUACACCCAGGUCUUGCCUUCCCUGCCCCCCAGCCCUCCCCUCCACCACCCCCAACAGCUGCCCCCCCAGAUCCGCAGCAGUUACACCCAGCCUGCCCCUCCACCACCCUCCCUGCCCCCCAGCUUUCUCCACCACCCCAACAGCUGGCCCCCCCAGAUCUGCAGCAGUUACACCCAGGUCUUGCCCUCCCUGCCCCCCCAGCCCUUUCCUCCACCACCCCAACAGGACUUUCCUCCACCACCCCAACAGCUGUCCCCUCAGCCCUGCAGCAGCUACAACCAAGCUGUGCCCCCUCCACAACCACCUCCCCCACCCCCGCCGCCCCCUCCCCCGCCACCCCUGCCUGCCAGCAGCACCCCUCACCAUUCGGGCCCCACCGUGUUCGCCAAGUACAGCACCAUCACCCGGCUGCAGAACCAGAACGCCGCCCACCAGGCCGCCAAUCACCACAGGGCGCAAAACAACCACCAGAGCCCGCCCAGAGCGCCAGCCCAAGCCCCGCCUCCUCCCCAUCAGGCGGCUGUCAAACCGCUGGUCAACAACAUCAAUGUCCCGCCUCCCCCUCCGCCCCCUUCCCCGCCCUCCAUGCCCGCUCUGGGGUCAGCCUGGCCGCACUCAGACCCCAUGCCAGGCCUGUGCCCAUCGCCCUACGGUGCCAACGCCCUCCAGCAGACACUGGCCCAGAAGUUCCCUAGCCCUCCCCCCCAGGACCUCUCUCCCCCCGCUGCCAGACUGGUUGAGUCGCCCCCGGCACCUCCUCCGCCUCCUCCUCCCCCGCCACCUCCCCCUCCUCCCCCGCCACUUCCCCAGCAGCUCUCUGUGCCCGCCCCCCCUCCACCUCCCCAGCAGCAGUACUCACCUGCACCUGCUCCCCCCCCUUCCCUACCCAAAACCUUCUCCCCAGGCUUUCUGCUCCACCACGGUGCCCCGAAGCCCCUCUACCCUGUUUCCCCCUCUCCCUCCCCCGUCCCAACUCCUCCCCCACCCCCGCCCCCUCCUCCUCCGGUGUCAAUGAAGAAGCAGCACAGCCUCCAGAUAGGCCACACCCCCAACCAGCCCCCUCCCACCUUUCCCAAGCAGCACAGCCUCUCCAAGCCACCACCCCUGUCCUUCACAGCUCCGCCCACCACCACCUCCCUGGUCAAACAGAUGGCAAGCCAGUUCCCAAGGUCCACACUGUCGACCAAUCACAUUGAGAGCCCCAAAGUCCCCCUGUCCCCUCCUGCGGUGAAGGCCAAACCAAAAUGGCAGCCAGGCGGUGGACAGGCCCAGCAACAGGCCUCUGAGUUCCCCCCACCCCCUUCCGAGAGCAGCCUGCCUUACCCUCCGCCUCCCCCGCCUCCACCUGCUCCGGCCCUCUCUCCCCCCGGCAACCUGGGCUCGCCCCUGAAGAGGUCCCCAUCAGGCUCCUCCACCUCCUCCUCGGGCUCCUCUGGCUGGGGGCAGGCCCCCCCACCACCCCCCCAGAAGGCCUCCAGCAUCAAGUCUAACUCCUCGGCUGAAUACCAGGAGUCACGCAAGAACCUUCUCAGCAAGUUUGCCCCCAAGUCCUCCUCGUCCCCCUCCACUUUCCCUUCCUUCCCUGCCGUAUCCUUCGGUAGUUCUCCCUCUAAGGACUCCUCCUCCCCGGCCGGCCCCCCGGCGCCCCCCAAGCCAGGCAAGCUGAACCUGGCCAACCUGCCCCUGGCCCUGCAGGCCAAAGUGGGUCAAGUGGGCCAGCAGCGCCAGUCCACCGCCGACAUCCCCUCCCCUCUGCCCGAGUGCGCCGUGGCCUACUUCCCCCCUCCCCCGCCGGCCUCUGAUCUCUUCCCCCCUCCCCCGCUGCCCAGUGACGGCCACGUCGGGGCACCUAAGGUGGCAGUGGUCAACCCCCAGCCGAAAGUACCCCCCGCCCCUCCUGGUCCCCCUCCCCCCUCCACCAUCAACUCCUCCUGGGGCAAGGGCUCCCUGAAGAAGGCCCCUCCCCCCACGCUGCAGCGGAACCAGCCGCCUCCCCCGGCCCUGUCCCCGACUCCAAAGCUGCCCCUGCCCACCUCGCCCCCCAAGGGGAACAGCAACAACGGCACCCCCCAGCCGGGCAACUUCAUGGACGACCUGAACCAGACUCUGAAGCGCAAGUCGGUGAGCCGGCAGGGCUCGCUUUCCUCGUCCCGCCUCUCCGGCGCCAAGCUGGAGCCCGCCGCGGGCACCAUGGACGACAUGGAGUUGGCGCUGCCCCCUCCACCGCCCGAGUUGCUGUCGGGGAACGUCUCAGGCUAUGCAACACUACGGCGGGGGCCCCCGCCGGCCCCACCCAAGAGGGGGGGCAACACCAAACUGACACACUGACCAGGGGAGUGGUCGAAAAGGAGACUGUUGGAUGAUGCCUACUUUACACCUCUCUUGGAGAGGAGCUUCGAUCUAUCAUAUCUAUCACAGGACCGUCAGUGGACAUUGACAAACUGAACUCCUCGUGUUCCAUGAUUAUGAUGGUGAAUACUUAAACAUGUAAAUAAGGAAACGUCAAACCAUGAAUCAGCUUCUUCUUCUUCGCCAUAUGUUUGUGCCACGUAAUCAGAAAAACCAUAA